CUCAUCCCCACAGAUCUCCACAAAGUUUAACACCUAAGCAGACCAGCACAGCACUCUCUCAAAUGAUUUGCCAAAAUGUGCCUUGUCUUCUAGGACUUUGAGCCUAACCUGGCUGACUUUGUGGUUUUGUACACAACUCAAGACAAAAGGAAGCUGAGGCCUGUGAUCUCAUGAGAAACAGCAGUUUUGAAUUUGUAAUAUGGUAACAUGGGUGAAUCAAGAGACAAUGUGGACACCUUCCUGGAGGAGUUCAGAGAGCAGAUCAUUGCUGGGGCGAGAUCACCUGGAGCCAUCAUAGAGGCCUGGAUGUCACAGCAGCCGACGACCAUCACCAAAGCGCUGACACAACAUGAACAAAUGAGGGAUCUGCUUCAUGUUGUGGAAGAAGGAACAUCACGAUCCAAAGCUGACUUCUCCCAGAUUCAGCUUUCACAGGAUGAACCCAAGCUUAUAGCCAAUUUAGAGCAAAGACAACAGACUAGCAGGACGACCCAGGACGACGAACAGAACUGGACAAUGGAGAAAACCAAGCAAUUAGAAAACAAACAAACAAAAGUCAACAUAAAAACAAAAAGGGAGGAUAUUAAAAGACACAGACAACUGGCAUGUCAAGUAAUGGAGGAGAUUGAACAACUUUGGGAAGAGACACAUAGAGAGAGAAAUGAAAUUGACUUCCUGAAGACAAAGACGGAGCAGCAACAGGAGGACAUUGACAGACUGACAGCUGAAAAACAUGGGCAGUACUUAUUAAUUAAAAGACUGAGAUUACAGAUAGGAAAUGUAAUUGAGAAACUCGAGGAGAAUAAAAGUGAAGCCACUCAAGAAAAAAUGCAACUUCUGAAAAUGCGGGCUGAAAUAUACCAAGAGAGAGAAACUCUGGAAAGAAGACGUAAUGAGAUCAUCAAUGAGCGACACAAGUUGGAAAUUUUCAAGUAUGAUAAGACAAAAUCACAGGAAAGUAACGAACCUAAAGAAUUAAUGGAGCAGAUAAAUCGAGAGCAGGAGAUAAUGGAGAUGCUGAUGGCUGACAGUUUGCUGUGUCGAAUGAACAAAAAUAAGAAAAUAAUGCUUGAAGCAAAGUAUGCAAAAGAACAAAUGGAGAAAAACAUAACAGACAUAAAGCAAGAGUUAAAGAGAAAUAAAAGGGACAUUUUACAACAUAGAUAUCAAAUUGAGCACAUCAAACAUAAAAUGAGUGUAAAUAACAACAAGAUAAAGCAAACAAUUCAAAGAUAUGUUCAAAUGCAGAAAGCCACAGUCCCAGAGAUGGAAAGCAGAGAAAGACAGAAAGAAGGAAAAGACACCUUUGACACUGUGAAGAUUAAACUUAAUAGAAUCCAGGAAGAGAUGGAGAAACUUUGGGAUGUGCUGGAAGUCAGUGAACAACAACUGGAAGUAACUCUGAGUAAGAAGCAGGAGCUGAAGACAGAGACUGGUGGAAUGGAAAACAUGAAAUCUAACUCUCAAAAGCAAAGACAAGACACAAAUGUAAGCAUGAAGAUAACACAGUGGGAAAAAGAGAUGCAGAGGCAAAAACAAGCCAUAGAGAACAAGUUGGCACAGGUUGAAUAUGAAAGAGAUGAGAUAGAAAGAAUCAAAACUAAAAUACAGACAGAGAGAGAAAACAUUGAGAGAGACAGGCAAUUAGCUGAAGCAGAAAUGCAUGCGAUGAAGUGUAUGAGGGAGCGUACUGAAAGGCAAAAACGGGAGCUGGAUGGAAAGUUACAAAGGACAAAGAAAGAGAUGAGAGAGAUGGAAGUGAUGAGUGCAGAGAUUGAAAUAAAGAAAAAGGAGCUAGUAAAAAUGAUAAGAAUGAGCAGGAGAAAAAAGGAAGAGAUCAGCAAGAUGAAGGAAGAGAUUGAACAUGCUAAACAAGGAGACAUGGAGGAAAGACAAGAUAAGACUGAGGGCCAGAAGUCACCGCAGGUGCUGGAGGUUGACAUGGAGGACAGAUUUGAUGAACAGCAGAUAUCCAAGAUAAGACUUCAACAGGUUGACAGAACCAGAGAAAUAAUACAACAUAAAGAAAAUCAGUUUGAGGACGACAACAUGGAGACAAGCACCAAGAACAAAGUGAACACUGACAUGCAGAGAAUGAUUCUUGAAGUCGAAGAAAUCAGAAAGAUGCUACGUAGGGUGAGAGAAGAUACAGAGCAAAUCAGGAGGGGCUAUACAGAAGAAAAGAGCCAAAUCAAAUGGAUGAAUUUUAGAGCAAAAAAAAAGAGACAGGAGCUUGACCAAUGGCUGGAGAAGACCAUGAAAGAGAGGGAUGAGUUAGAAAUUGUGAAGAUAAAGAUACAGCGACAAAGGGAGGAGGUUGAACAAAAACUGGAAGAUACAAUUCAGACUAUGGAGGAGAUGAAAACUAACAUAGAAAACGCUGCUGCAGAGGUUAAUAACACCCGGGAGGAGAUAAUCAAAGCCCAAAGGAUGAUGGCAGAGAGCAAAGAAAAAGUAAAAAAAUACAUGCUUAACCUGACUGAAAAUGGAAGUAUGAGGAGGAGAAGGAGGCAGAUCACACAACUGGAUGCUAUUUGAUGCACGCCACCUACAUCAGAGGAUGUCCCAAAACACUGCCAUCGAACUGAGAAGACUGAUCAACCUCCUCAGCCUGUUGGAGUAUAUUUAAAGGUUGUUUUCAGGACUAGCUACAGGCCAAAAACCUGUCAGAGGAGGAAUUUUAAAAAAGACACUCAAAUGCAGUGCAGCCGAAGAAAGACAGGAAAGGGGGAGAGAGAGAGAAAGAAAGAGAGAGAGAGAAGAUGAAUGGAUUUGAAUGCGGCCUGCUGCGGUAAGGCUGAGUCCUUGGUACAUGGGGAGCGUGCUCUACCAGGAAAACAUCUCCACACCCAGAGAGGCAAUACCUUCCUCCAGUCCUGACUUUAGAAAUCCAUCCUGGACAAAAGAAUAAUUGUGUGUGUGUGUGUGUGCGUGUGUAUGUGUACAAACACACACACAUAUAUACACAUACACACGUUUUAUAUAUAUAUAUAUAUAUAUAUAUAUAUAUAUAUA